AUGGGCAUCUCAACAUCGAUGCAAAAAGAUUCCACUGUACUCUCUUGUUAUGGAAGUGGAAAAUUUGAUGUAGGAUGUGCCGAAAUAAUGAUCAGCGAUAGUGAUAGUGCAAGUGGUGAUGAUAUUGGCAUCCUGUUAACAAUCUACUAUCCAUGCGAUAGUGCAACCAGAUCAGAUGAACAAUCGGAACAUCCCUUGUGGCUUCCGAGAGAAGAAUAUUUAGAUGGUUUAGCAGACUAUCGGAAUUCAUCUUCUCGCUGGAUGCAUUUUAUUCACAGAUGGUUUAUUGGAGAAAAAAGGAUUCCCGCUCGUCGGCAUCUUGCAUUAAAUAAGAGUAUAGCAAACUAUCCAGUUCUGAUAUUUUCUCAUGGCCUUUCAGCAUGUCGUCACUUUUAUUCAGUUUAUUGUUCAUCACUGGCAAGUCAUGGCUAUAUUGUAGCAGCUAUCGAGCAUAGAGAUUGUUCAGCUUGCUGGACAUAUAAAUAUGAAACUAAUGAAAAAACAGGCGAAAAAAUAGAAGUGCCGGUGAAAAUUCGUAAACUUAUGCCAACCGACGAUGAAUUUCAGCUGCGAAAUGGACAACUUCAUAAACGAGUAGCUGAAUGUAUUAAAACGUUACAUAUACUCGAGGAGUUAAAUUUGGGACAGUUUAGUUCGGAUCAACAAAUUGGCAAAAAGUUAUUGUUGGGAAAUGAUUUCGAGUGGUCACAGUUCAAGGAUCACUUAGAUAUGGACAGGGUAUUUAUUGCUGGUCAUUCGUUUGGUGGUGCAACAGCUAUCGCUGCUGCAGCAACUUCCCCUACUGGUUUUAAAGCUGCUGUUAUACUCGACGGAUGGAUGUUUUCAAUUGAAAGAGAAUUGCUUACACGUGUUUAUCAGCCUAUUUUGUUUAUGAAUGCAGAAAACUUUCAAUGGGAAGCAAACGUAAAAGAUAUGUUACAAGUUACCGAAAACUCGAAACGCGGCAUUCUACUUACAUUUAAUGAAGCUUUGCAUCACUCUUUCACAGAUUUUCCUCUAUUGAUUCCGGAAAUACUGUGCCGUUGGUUCGGCAUACAAAGUUUACACGAUCCGGUGCAGAUUAUCGAGGCAGUGAUUGAAUUAACUGUGCACUUUUUGAAAUCUUAUGACGAAGACCCACAUGUUGCUCUCAACCUAUUAAAAUUUGAAAACAUCAUCACAUUGGGAGCGAAAUUUGCCUCGCAAGCACCUGCAUUAUCCACGUAA